AGAGCAGGCCGAAUAAGGUCGGGAACUGUUCGUUUCACGCCACCGACCAACGCUAAACUGGGCCACGUCCUAGCCCUAGGCCCUCUAUAGUUCUGGAACGAAAACACAAAAUGCAAGCUAGUAUCCAUAAUGGUUUGCGAUCGGGCUCUCUGCGUGGCCUUGCGUUCAAGCAAGCGCGCUGCAAGCACACGGUCGCGGCCAGCUCCAAGCAGUCCGUGAUUCGCGAAAUUCAUGAGCAGCUCUCAAACAAGAAGCGCAGCGCUGUGGAGGUAACGCAGCAAUACCUGGACGCCAUCGCCAGGACCGAUUCCACGGUGUGCAGCUACAUUACCGUGGACGGCGAGCAGGCUCUGGCGCAGGCCCGUGCCGUGGACGCGCGCAUCGCUGCCGGCGAGACGCUAGGGCCCCUGGCCGGCGUUCCCCUGGCCAUCAAGGACAACAUCUGCACCAGCGGCACCCGCACCACCGCGGGCUCGCAGAUCCUGCGCGACUACGUGCCCAACUUCGACGCCACAGCGGUGUCGCGGCUGCGGGGCGCGGGCGCCGUAUUCCUGGGCAAAACCAACAUGGACGAGUUCGGCAUGGGCAGCAGCACUGAGAACUCCUCUUUCAAGCCCACCCGCAACCCCUGGGAUGCGGAGCGUGUUCCCGGCGGCUCCUCCGGCGGCUCGGCGGCGGCGGUGGCGGCUCACGAGUGCGCGGCGGCACUGGGCUCUGACACGGGCGGCUCCAUCCGCCAGCCCGCUCAUUUCUGCGGCAUUGUUGGUCUGAAGCCCACCUACGGGCGCGUUAGCCGCUACGGGCUCAUCAGCUACGCCUCCAGCCUCGACUGCAUCGGGCCCAUGGCUCACACGGUGGAGGACGCGGCGCUGCUGCUCAGCGGCAUAGCGGGCGGCGACAGCCAUGACGCCACCAGCAGCGGGCGACCGGUGGUGGACUUCGCGGCGGGCCUGGCCACAGGGCUGGCGGCGGGCGGCAGCCGGCCACUGGCGGGCAAGCGCAUCGGCCUGGUGGCGCAGACGAUGGGCGAGGGCGUUGCGCCGGCCAUUGAUGAGGCGGUGCGGGCGGCGGCGCGGCACCUGGAGUCGCUGGGUGCGACUGUGGAGGAGGUGUCUCUGCCCACCUUCGGCCAGGGCCUACCCGCCUACUACGUCCUAGCGCUGUCCGAGGCCUCCUCCAACCUGUCCCGCUACGACAGCGUGCGCUACGGCGCCCGCUCCCCCGCCGCCACCGACCUGGCCAGCCUGUUCGCGGGCAGCCGCGCCGAGGGGCUGGGCGGCGAGGUGAAGCGCCGCAUCCUCAUGGGCACCUACGCCCUGUCCGCGGGCUACUACGACGCCUACUACAAGCGCGCGCAGCAGGUGCGCACGCUGGUGCAGCAGGAGAUGGUGGCGGCUCUGGGCCGCUGCGACGCUCUGCUGAGCCCCGCGGCGCCCUCGGCCGCCUACAAGCUGGGCGAGAAGAGCUCCGACCCGCUGGCCAUGUACAAGGGCGACCUCAUGACCGUCAACGUGAACCUGGCGGGCCUGCCGGCGCUGGUGCUGCCGGCGGGAUUCGUUCCGGGGUCCGCGGAGGGCGGCGCGGAGCUGCCCAUUGGGCUGCAGCUGGUGGGCCGCGCGUUCGACGAGGCGGGGCUGCUGGGGCUGGGCUACGCGUACGAGCAGACGGCGGGCGUGCCGGCCCGGAGGGCGCCGCUGGCGGCGGUGGCAUGAGGGGAAAGCGGGAGGUGGAUGCAGAGAAGCAGCGGGGUUGAGAGUAGGGGGCUACAUUAGGAGACGGGCGUGGGGAGGUGGGUGGGGGUUGGGGAGGGUGUGGCGAGCGGGGCGUGAUCGGCACUGUUGGUGAGCGGCCCUGGGCAUGCGCUCGACGCGAGGGUGGAGAUGGUGAGAGCGCGCUGUGCUUGUGGACACAGUGGCCUAGUGUAGGGUUGCCUGCAGCAAUGACGCAGUGUGCCAGCGAGGACUGCGGUGCCGACGUGGUAACGAACAGGGCGCGGGAAGAGGCCCAGUCCGCGCCCUUCAUGCUGGGGGGCGACGAUGCGGAUGGGCGAUGCCUAAGGAGGUACGUGUAACGCACGCUGUUAGACGUAGUCAGGCAGGUUCAUAUGCUGAGUGAUGGGGCGGCGUGUAUCCCAGCCCCGGAGGUGCUGCUGCGCUUGAGCGCCGCUGGCGGGGAGACAUGUCUACACGGGCAUGAAAGCGGCCGGGCCGAGUUACGGUCUUGUCAAGUGCAGCCACUUCGUUGACUGUAAUUUUGAUAUUGC